AUGACUGCAGCAAGUGUGUGGGGUAAUAAAAUCUACUCUGCUACGUACAGCAGUGUACCCGUCUAUGAGUUCAAAGUUGGCCCUGAUAAUGUUAUGCGACGACGCGCAGACGACUGGAUCAAUGCGACUCAUAUUCUGAAGGUGGCGGGUCUGGAUAAACCCGCAAGGACCCGUAUUCUUGAGAGGGAGGUACAGAAAGGUGUCCACGAAAAAGUCCAGGGAGGCUAUGGAAAAUAUCAAGGAACAUGGGUGCCGCUUCAAGAGGGUCGAGAACUAGCUGAACGGAACGGGAUUCUUGAAAAGCUCCUACCCAUUUUUGACUUCGUGGCUGGGGAUAGGAGCCCUCCACCGGCUCCAAAGCAUACAACGGCUGCAUCAUCGAGACCAAGGGUGCACAAAAAUGUCGCCCCCAAUAGGAGGCUGGUGUCGGAAGAGUCGUCGUUUUCUCCAAGGAAACAACAGCAACCUAUCCAGACCCAGCCGCUACAAGCAAGCUUUAGUCAAGACCAGCAUUUCGCUGCUGUUAACCCGUCGUUACGUGAUGACGAAUCGGUUGCACAAGCAAGUAUGGAGUCAUCUUCCAUGAUUGCAGAGGAGGAUAUGGCUCCGAUGUCCCAACACUCGACGCAGUCGCGGAAACGUAAGCGUGGAUUGAAUGAUAUCAGCAUUCUCGAACAACAGCAUAUCAUCUAUGGUGACCAGCUCCUGGACUAUUUCAUGACUGUGGGGGAUGCCCCUGCAGCAACGAGAAUAUUGCCCCCAGAACCACCAGCAAAUUUCCAAGUUGACAGGCCCAUCGAUGAUCAUGGAAAUACUGCCCUCCACUGGGCGUGCUCCAUGGGUGAUCUGGACAUUGUACGUGACCUGAUAAAUCGUGGCGCGAAUGUGAAAGCGUUAUCAAAUCAUGACGAGACCCCGCUAGUUCGCGCGGUUUUAUUCACCAACAAUUAUGAAAAAGGGACUAUGCAGGAGUUGGCAGACCUUCUGCAAGAGACCAUCAUGUUCAGAGACUGGUUUGGGGCGACUGUCUUCAAUCACCUUGCCGCCACAACUAGGAGUAAGGGCAAGUGGAAGAGUUCGCGAUAUUACUGCCAAAUAUUGAUAGAUAAACUAAAUGAGACUCUACCUCCUCAUCAGAUCUCCAUGCUCCUCUCAUCUCAGGAUUCGAAUGGUGAUACUGCUGCUCUGGCAGCUGCAAAAAAUGGGUGUUAUCGGCUGGCUACCAUGCUUUUAUCACAGUGCCCCGAAGCGGGCGAUAUUCCCAACAAGGCGGGAGAAAGUGCUAAUGCAAUACUUCGAACAAUUUCCCGCCGCCAUAAAGAUAAUCCACCUCCGCCGUCCUCAGUGACCCACAACAGUGCGACUGGCACAGACCACGCCGAAUUGAAUAACGUUUCAGACAACACAGCUCUUUAUCGACCCCCCACUAGCUCCGAAGCCACCGCAUCACUUCUAUCAAAAAUAGGAUCCAUAGUGGAUGAAGCUAGCAGGAAACUAGCCUUAGCUUAUGGUGAUACAAAAUGGCCUCCCCAUGGCUCUGAAGAUAUUGGCAACCCUCAAGGCCUAUAUGAACAUGUGGAGUCCGAUCGGGAAAAUAUUCGGAAGCAAGCAGCAUCUCUAACUUCAAAGGAGAUCGAGGCCGAAGAGCUUGAAGUCAAACUAGAACGUUUCAACAAAGUAAGGCGGGACUACGAGUCACUCCUAGAACAGGUUCAACGGCUCCAUCUCCUCAAACGGUUGCGAAAUGCUAGUGUCGACCCUGAGUCCCAGGCUCAGAUAAACGUCAACGGAGAAAGCUCGAGCUCGAACAGCAACGCCAGCAGCAACAAUGACAACAAGAUGAAGAGUCCCCAAGACCUCAAUCUCUUGUACCAGGUUGCCAGCCAACUCUUCGAAGCCCAACAAGCCCGUCAACAAGCUAUUAAAGAGCUCAUUCAGCAAAAAGCGGAUGCCGGCGUGAGCACGAAACUUGACGUUCACCGUAAGCUCGUCUCUCUUGCGACCGGCCUACCAGAAGAAGAACUGGACCCGAUUUCUAGUGAGCUGGCCAACGCGUUAGAAUUUGACCGUGCGAACGAGAAGCAGCUGGAUGACCGAGAAUUUGGGUUAGAUGGUGUUUCGGAUGGGAGCGAGCGCCACCUCGUAUAUCAACAAGAGAAUCAGCAGCAGCAGCAGAAGCAGGCGCUGGCAAACCAUCAUGACUCGAUAUCCAUGUCGAUGUCAAUGCCAUUGUCGAUGCCUGAACGGGCUGUUGCUAGUUAA